CAUAGGAGAAAAUAAGAGUAACUUCCCCUUAACAACCGGCGUGAAAAUCGCACACAUUUAUUUUCGAUUUUGGAAAAGUAUAGACUGAUCAAUAAAUUGAUGAUGACUGAUACAAUAACAGAAAGUGCCCCUGUGCAAGAAACGGCGAAAACUGACAAUCCACGUGUUUACUUUGACGUGGAAAUUGGAGGGGAACCCGCUGGAAGAAUUUUGUUUGAGCUGUUCAAAGAUGCUGUUCCAAAGACUGUUGAAAAUUUCCGUGCUUUGUGUACAGGAGAGAAAGGCAUGGGUAACUCAGGCAAACCACUUCAUUACAAGGGAUCCAUUUUCCACAGGAUAAUCAAAGACUUCAUGAUACAGGGUGGAGACUUUACUAACAGUGAUGGUACUGGAGGUGAAAGUAUUUAUGGUGAGAAGUUUGAAGAUGAAGCAUUUACUUUCAAGCAUGAAAUACCUGGUUUAUUAAGUAUGGCUAAUGCAGGACCAAAUACGAAUGGUUCUCAGUUUUUUAUAACCACGGUACCCACAGCACAUCUUGAUGGUAAACAUGUUGUGUUUGGCAAGGUUCUUAAAGGAAUGAAUAUUGUACGAACUCUUGAAAAUACUGAUAAAGAAGGAGAAAAACCUAAAAAGGAGUGUCGUAUAGCAGACUGUGGGGAACUUUUACCUGGUCAGGAUGAUGGUUGUCAGGUAGAUGAUGGUACAGGAGAUAAAUACGCAGACUGGCCUGGUGAUUCAGACAUUGAUUUCACAUUAAAGGAAAAUAUCGAUCAAGUUUUAACAAUAUGUGCCGAAAUAAAAGGAAUUGGUAAUACACUUUACAAGGAAAAGGAUUUCCUUAAAGCCAGGAGUAAAUACAGUAAAGCUUUAAGAUAUUUGGAGAAACUGGAUGAAGCGGAUGUUGAUAUAGAAGAUGAUAAAACAAAGGACAUAGAAAAUACACACUUAAUACCUUUAAACCUUAAUUUGGCAGCAUGUAAGUUACAGUUGAAGGAUUAUGAUGGUGCAGUUGAGAACUGUGAGGAGGUAUUAUCAUUGUCUGCAGAGAAUGUGAAAGCUUUGUUCAGGAAAGGUCAGGCCCUGAUUAACUUAAAAGAUUGGGAGAAAGCCGAGAAUGCAUUAAAGAAAGCAGUAGACUUGGAACCAAAUGAUAAAGGAAUAAGACGAGAACUGGAGAAGGCAAAGAAAGCAAUGCAGGAAGAGAAGGUGAAGGAAAAACAGAUGUACGCUAGAAUGUUUGCAUCAUGACAGAUGUAUACGCAUUAUCCGUAGACAUCUCAGCCAUCCUUGAAUCAAAGACAUAUUACUUUACUGUAUAAAACUUCAAUAAUUUCACUGAUGUUAGUUGGAUGUGAAAACACUUCAGUGCUUUAAGUAGUUAUUAUAUUGCGUGCAUAAUUAAUAAUAAAAUUUUUACUGUUUGAUAACUCAGAUAUUAUUACUGUACAAGAAUUAAUUUCCUAGUGGUUAUUGUAGAAUCAUUUAAUUUCCAGGGCAUGAAAUUUUAUAGAUUUUGCUUUAGGGAAUAUGAAUUUAUGCAUUUUUACUUUUUAAAGAUAAAAUGAAAAGAAAGUUUUAUUAGUUGGUUGGAAUUUAAUUUCAUGGUGAGACUCCACCGAACAAAGUACUUAAAAAGUAGUGCCAAAAAUGUAGACCCCCACAAUUAUUCAUUAUUUCACAGUAUUUGUUAUUUAAAGUACGUAACAUAGUAUACACAGGUUGCAGAUAAAAUAUUAUUACAUUGUAUAAAAUCAAAUGAAUUUUUUAUACUUCUGUUUGCAAGUACACAUCUUCAGUAUACCAAAUGAACAAACUGUAUUAUUCAUGGUAGUGAGCAAAAACCAGCAUUAUGGCUUUGCGACCAGGGCACAGUUGUUCAAACUUUAAUAAGCUGUUAAACUUGCCACUGGUCAAAUUUUGAUUCAAAAUAAACAGUCUUGGCUGGAAACACUUAUAUACGUUUUGAUUUAACUGUAAAGACGUUUUAAUGUUCAUAAUCCUUAACUCGGACAUAUAUUUUACAAAGUCUUCUGAAAUGUCAAAAUAUAACCUUAAAAAUUAAUUGACUGUUAGCUUAAUCACCUGUUAAAAGAACAACUGAGUCCAGUAUGAUCUGGAUCAGCCAGCACAUUUGUGUUGUCCGAUAUGGAUCCAUGCUGUUCGCAUAUCAGUUGCGUACAAGUGCUGAAAUCGAUUAACCUUUAGACUGUUAGGCGGCAAGUGAUUUUGACGUCUUUGCAGGCUGAUCAUGUUCUGCAUUGUUCGCUAUUCAGUCAGUAAAUUUUCAGUUAACACCCCUUUGAAGUAUAAGUGUUGCAUAGAUUGAAUGAUUGAUCAGGCCAGUUUAGAAAUUCAGCAGGGUAAAGGUUAAUGAACUGAAGGAUAUGCACUGAUCUGGAUCCUUGCUUGUUGCAAAGCCCUAACAUUGGUUUUCACACAUGGGUGCUAAUUAGUAAUAGUUAAAGCAUCUUGUCUCCAGCAAUUUUGAUAAUUUGCUUACAUAAAAAAUUAACUCCACCCUUUCCACAUCUAGGAAACUUACUCAUGUGACAGGGAGUAUAUUUUUGAGUUUGGGAACAAUUUUUAUAUCAAAUAUAAUGUAUAAUGUUCAUAAUAAUUUUGUUAUUAAAGAGAAAUUGUUCAGGGUUUAAAUUUACAUUUGAAUAUUUUGUUGCAUAAGCAAUUAUUUAAUGAUCAAGUACACAGGAUUUGUCUGUAUGUUUUGAAUAUGUCUAAAUCAUUCCUUAAUAAACAAAGUUGUUGUGAACUUUUA